AUGAUGCAGCAGAUUCUUCAGGACAUGUAUACAGAUCCUGAGCUGUUGUCUGAACUCAACGAAGAGCAGAAACAGAUCCUCUUCUAUAAGAUUCGGGAGGAGCAGGUGCGGCGCUGGAACGAGAGGGAGAGAAGAGACCCCAGCCAUGCUUUGAAAAAAAAGAGCGACCGCAGAGGCAUUCAGUGGCUUCUGGGCUCACAUGGAGAGGUGUGGGUAUGGGUAAUGGGGGAGGCCCUGGGGGACAAGCCCUUUGAAGACAUUGUGGAAGAACUGAUGGAGGAGAGAGCCAGGAAGCAGGCCCAGCAAGAGGCACAGGAACUCCGGCGUGUGAAGGAGGCAGAGAUUGAAAAGAAGUUUCGAGAUGCCAUUGCGAAGGAAAAGGCUCGGUUCAUGGCAGAAAAAUGGAAGGAGGAGACAGAUGACAGAAAGGCAGCCAGGCAUGAAGAAGAGGAAGAUCGCAUUAGAGAGGAACUGAAGCAAUGUGAGGAGGAAGAGAGACAGCGAGGCGAGGAAGAAAUCCGCCAAACAGAGGAGAGGAGAGCAAAGGAGCUGUACAUCUCUCUGAAGCAGGAGGAAAAGAGGAACGAGAGAGAUGACAAAGAAUGGCAGGAACAAUUGCGACGCUCCAAGGCGGCGGAUGAGGAGAUGAAGUGCAAGGCACGACGGGCUAGAAAUGAAUAUAAGCGCCAGUCUCUGCGGGGCAUCGAGAAGGGCCUGGUGGCUGGACUCAGCGGCCUGUUCCAUAAGACACACCUGAACGGAUCGGGUCACAACCGACGGCAUGGCGCGGUCACUGAACAUCCGACCCCUCCAACUGAGGCCACCCAUUCACCUGCAGCUAUUUGGAUUCGUCCACCCAGACCGAACUCUCGUGAGUCCAUUAUCCGCUGGUUUAAAGACGAGCAGAGACCAAGACGAGCGGGAUAUGAGCGAAGUAGCAACACCAUCGCACCCUGGUUCCACGGAAUCAUAUCACGGCAGGAGUCAGAGGCUUUGCUAGCGAAUGCGGCAGAUGGCUGUUUCUUGGUCAGAGUGAGUGAACGGAUCUGGGGCUACACGCUGUCCUACCGCACCACCUCAGGCUUUAAGCACUUCCUCAUCGACGCAUCGGGUGAUUAUUACAGCUUCCUAGGUGUAGACCAGAACCGUCACACCACCUUAGCUGAUCUCAUUGACUUCCAUAAGGAGGAAGUGAUCACCACGUCUGGAGGAGAACUACUCCAGGACCCCUGCAGGCAGAGAAGCUCCACAAGGAAGGAGCUCUUUCAGCUAGCAGCACUGACAAAGACCUGA